CUGUUCUGGGUCAGAGGGGUCCCCCCCGCCCCGAGGGCCAGCUGCGGGCCCAGGACAGAGCCGGCGUGGCCCUGGGGCCCCCAGCGAGCACCAUUCCCUGGGACUCGGUGCCCCGGCAGAGGCCCCAGUGCAGUGGCUGGUGAACGUGGCACUGCUCCUGCCCUCGCACCACCCAGCUGGGGCUACACGCACACCAGCCACCACGCGGCCGAGCCCCAGAGCCAGACACCAGACACAGGGGCCCUCCCUCCCCCCCCCGGGCUGUCUGCACCCUGCACUCAGCCGGGGCAUGCAUACUCUAAGUUGCAUUCAUGCACACCCAUGAACAUGCAUCCACUGUCACGCGUGCACAAGCAGUCAUGUGCACAUGCACACACACACACAGAUGCUUGCACUGUCUUGCGAAUAAGAGAUCAUCUCUGUCCAAACCAGCCCAGACAAACCCUGUCUCUGACCUCUGAGCCGCACAACACAGUCACCCCUGACAGCCCCAGGCAUUGCCUCCGCCCGCGGGAUAGAGGGGGGCCACGGCCACCAACGUCCUGCUGCUGGGGGGGGGUGGUCAUGGGAUCUGCAGAGAGCCCAGGAGGGUCCCCCAGGCUGGGGGUCCUGCCUUCUGCAGAGGGGCCCUGGGGCCAGGCCUCCCUCGCACACCCCGGGCUCCUCCACGCCAGCACCCAGCCAGACCCCUGUGCCAGGGCCGAUGCCAAACCGUCCCGCUCUGCACGCACAGCUCGUCGCGUGCAGCCGGCGAGGCUGCAGCCCAGCAUGGGGUGACCCAUGCUCCCCCUAUGGACGGGGGCAAUGAACAUGCAAAUGAGACCAGCCUGGGUCCAGCUUCUGGUCCAGGCCCAGGUCAAGGGCACGGUCCCCAGAGCAGGGACAGAGCCCAGUGCUCUCGGUGCCCAUGUCACAGAGAGCACGAGGGGGCAAAGCGGGGCUGGAGGGGUGCUGGGAGGCAGUAGGGCUCUCCUGGGGCAGCCCCGCAGUACAGCCAGGCCUGGGGCCCUGGGAGCAGAGGGAAGCCCAGGACAAGGAGCUGGGCAGGGUGCCUGGCUGGGCCGGGCAGGCAGGAGGGGGAGGUGGGAGGUGCGAGGGGCCGGAGCAGGCAGCUCCUGGCAGCUGCGACUCCACUCCCCGCUGCGCCAGCCCAGCGCCCCGGUUCCCUCCCUCGGGCCGCACGGACGCGCAGGCUCUGGGGCCGGCCAUGGGGGGCGGCCCGGGGCUGCUGGCCCUGGCACUGGUGGUGAGUGGGGCGGUGGGCGCGGGGCCCAGCUACGAGGCCUACGGGCGGUUCUCGGCCAAGGCGCCGCAGUGCGUGGACAUCCCGGGCGACCUGCAGCUGUGCCACGACGUGGGCUACAAGCGCAUGCGGCUGCCCAACCUGCUGGAGCACGACUCGCUGGCCGAGGUGAAGCAGCAGGCGGGCAGCUGGGUGCCGCUGCUGGCCAAGCGCUGCCACUCAGACACGCAGCUCUUCCUCUGCGCCCUCUUCGCACCCGUCUGCCUGGAGCGGCCCGUCUACCCCUGCCGCUCGCUCUGCGAGGUCGUGCGCGACGCCUGCGGCCCCGUCAUGGAGUCCUACGGCUUCCCCUGGCCCGACAUGCUGCACUGCGCCCAGUUCCCCCCCGACCACGGCCUCUGCAUCGCCGUGCAGUUCGGCCACGGCCAGGUCACCGCACCCCCAGUGCCCCGGCUGUGCCCGCAGUGCGAGGUGGAGCACAAGGCAGAUGGCAUGAUGGAGCAGAUGUGCUCCAGUGACUUCGUGGUGAAGCUGCGCAUCAAGGAGGUGGUGCAGGAGGGUGCGGAGCGGCGGCUGGUGGCGGCACCGAAGAAGAAAGUGCUGAAGCUGGGCCCGCUGCAGCGCAAGGACGAGCGGCGCAUGGUGCUGCACAUGCGCAACGCGGGCGCCUGCCCCUGCCCCCAGCUUGACCACCUGGGCGGCAGCUUCCUGGUGCUGGGCCGCAAGGCGGGCGGGCGCCUGCUGCUGCUCGCCAUCUACCGCUGGCAGAAGCGUGACCCCGAGGUCAAGUUCGCUGUCAAGUUCAUGUUCUCCUACCCCUGCCCUCUCUACCACCCGCUGCUGCUGCACAGCGCCCAGCACCGCUGACCCCCCGCCCUGGGCCUGCGCCCCCCUCUCCAAGCCCCACCUCCCGGAGUCCUGCGAGCACCGUGGGUUGUGGCCCCAUCCCUGCCAGCCCCCCCAUUGCAGGCUCCAGCCCCUCCCUGCCCCACAGCGCACCCAUGGGGCCAGGCCAGAGCUGGCUCUCAGCUCCCCACGGCCCCCAGGCACCUGGGUGGCAAGCCAGGCCCUGGGCACAGCGCGCCCACUGCAUGGCCCCCAAUGAAAAAGGCCCAAUCCUUAAUACAGAGACACCCCCAGCAGAGGGGAGCUCCCACUCGGA